AAUGAAGUUUGCUGAGUGGCGCCUGGUUUCUGAAGUAGCGCAUUGUCGCCAUAGCGACUGCCCUUGGCAACCGCGAAGCUCUGCGGCCCUGCGGGCCUGCUGGGAGUUUGAGCAAAGCUGUGCUGUAUUAACUUUGAUUCCUCUGCGACUGUAAUCUUGUUCUUUUCAAGGUUUCCCAUCCCCCUUUCCCUCUCCCUCUCUUCGGAAUCAUGGCGGGCGGGACUGGAGAUAUUCGGAAACUCUUCAUCCUCACCACUACCCAGAAUUACUUCGGGUUGGCGUCCGAUACCUGGGACCAGCCUCUCCUGUACAACUGUCUUGAAAUCAACAACUUCUUGGAUGAUGGGAACCAGAUGCUGCUGAGGGUACAGCAAUCCGACGCCGGACUCCACUUUUCCAACACGGUUGAGUUCGGUGAUACAAAAGAUAAAGUACUGGUGUUUUUCAAGUUGCGACCUGAAGUAAUUACAGAUGAGAAUCUACAUAAUAACAUUCUUGUUUCGUCAAUGUUAGAGUCGCCUAUUAAUUCCCUUUACCAUGCAGUACGGCAAGUAUUUGCACCAGUGUUGUUAAAGGAUCAGGAAUGGAGUAGUAACUUGGAUCCCAAACUUCAAAAUCUUUUGAGUGAACUAGAAGCUGGGUUGGGUGUGGUUCUACGAAGAUCAGAUGCCAAUUUAUCAAAAUUGAAACUUAAGGAAGAUGAUACUAGAGGUAUACUUACACCAAGUGAUGAGUUCCAGUUUUGGAUAGAACAAGCUCAUCGUGGAAACAAACAGAUUAGUAAAGAAAGAGCCAGUUAUUUUAAAGAAUUAUUUGAAACAAUUGCACGAGAGUUCUAUAACUUGGAUAGCCUAUCCUUAUUGGAAGUUGUUGACUUGGUGGAGACUACUCGAGACGUUGUAGAUGAUGUGUGGAGACAAACAGAGCAUGAUCAUUAUCCUGAGUCACGGAUGCUACAUCUCUUAGAUAUCAUAGGGGGUUCAUUUGGAAGGUUUGUUCAGAAGAAGCUGGGAACUUUGAACCUAUGGGAAGAUCCUUAUUAUCUUGUGAAAGAAAAUCUGAAAGCUGGUAUCUCAGUUUGUGAACAGUGGGUAAUAGUCUGUAGUCAUCUAACUGGUCAGGUGUGGCAGCGCUUUGUUCCUCAUCCAUGGAAAAAUGAAAAAUAUUUCCCUGAAACACUUGACAAACUUGGCAAACGCCUUGAAGAGGUCUUGGCUGUUAGGACAAUUCAUGAGAAACUUCUCUGUUUUAUGCCUACCAGUGAAGAGAAGAUUGUAUGCCUCUCUCGAGUAUUUGAACCGUUUACUGGCCUGAAUCCUGUGCAAUAUAAUCCAUAUACUGAGCCGUUAUGGAAAGCUGCAGUGUCUCAAUAUGAAAGAAUUAUUGCACCCGCGGAACAAAAAAUAGCAGGAAAGUUGAAAUAUUAUAUUUCUGAAAUUCAAGACAGUCCACAGCAGCUUCUUCAGGCAUUUCUGAAAUAUAAAGAGUUGGUGAAGCGUCCAACUAUAAGCAAAGAAUUGAUGUUAGAAAGAGAAACUUUACUGGCAAGACUUGUGGACUCAGUUAAAGAUUUUCGAUUAGAUUUUGAGAAUCGAUGCCGAGGAAUUCCUGGUGAUGUGUCUGGUCCACUUGCAGGCAAAAAUCUAUCAGAAGUUGUCAAUAAUAUUGUUUGGAUUCGCCAGUUGGAAUUGAAGGUAGAUGAUACUAUCAAGAUUGCGGAGGCUCUUUUGUCUGACCUGUCAGGAUUUCGAUCUUUCCACCGAAGUGCUGAAGACCUCUUAGAUCAAUUUAAACUAUAUGAACAGGAACAAUUUGAUGACUGGUCCAGGGAUAUUCAGUCAGGUUUGUCUGAUUCCAGGUCAGGUUUGUGUAUUGAGGCUAAUAGUCGAAUUAUGGAAUUGGAUCCUAAUGAUGGAUCAUUAAAAGUGCAUUAUUCAGAUCGCUUGGUGGUUCUUCUAAGAGAAGUUCGUCAGCUUUCGGCCCUGGGCUUUGUUAUUCCUGCCAAAAUACAGCAAGUUGCAAACAUUGCACAGAAAUUCUGCAAGCAAGCAAUUAUUCUUAAACAAGUGGCACAUUUUUACAAUUCUAUUGAUCAACAAAUGAUUCAAAGUCAGAGGCCAAUGAUGUUACAAUCUGCCUUAGCAUUUGAACAGAUAAUUAAGAAUUCAAAAGCAGGAAGUGGAGGAAAGACACAAAUUACUUGGGAUAAUCCAAAAGAACUGGAAGGUUAUAUCCAGAAACUCCAAAAUGCUGCUGAACGACUUGCCACUGAAAAUAGAAAACUGCGGAAAUGGCACACUACAUUUUGUGAAAAGGUGGUCAUUCUUAUGAAUAUUGACCUGCUUCGGCAGCAGCAACGUUGGAAAGAUGGGUUACAAGAAUUGAGAACUGGUUUAGCAAGUGUAGAAGCACAGGGGUUCCAAGCAAGUGAUAUGCGUGCAUGGAAACAGCAUUGGAAUCAUCAGCUGUACAAAGCUCUGGAGCAUCAGUACCAGAUGGGUUUAGAGGCACUUAACGAGAAUCUGCCAGAAAUAAAUAUUGACUUAACUUACAAACAGGGACGGUUACAAUUCAGACCCCCUUUUGAAGAAAUUCGGGCUAAAUAUUACAGAGAAAUGAAGAGAUUCAUCAGCAUUCCAAAUCAGUUUAGGGGAGUGGGUGAGGCAGGAGAUGAAUCUAUUUUUUCUAUUAUGAUUGAUAGAAAUGCAAGUGGAUUUCUGACUAUUUACAGCAAAGCAGAAGAUUUGUUUAGAAGACUGUCAGCUAUUUUACAUCAGCAUAAGGAAUGGAUUAUGAUUGGACAAGUUGAUAUGGAAGCUCUGGCGGAAAAGCAUCUUUUUACUGUACAUGAUUGGGAGAAGAAUUUUAAAGCAUUGAAAGUAAAAGGGAAAGAAGUAGAGCGACUUCCGAGUGCUGUCAAAGUGGAUUGCUUAAAUAUUAAUUGCAACCCUGUGAAGACUGUGAUUGAUGAUCUCAUACAGAAGUUAUUUGAUGUGCUUGUUCUUUCUUUGAAGAAGUCCAUCCAAGCUCAUUUACAUGAGAUUGAUACAUUUGUUACUGAGGCUAUGGAAGUCUUAACAAUUAUACCCCAGUCUGUGGAAGAAAUAGGUGAUGCAAAUUUACAGUAUGGUAAGCUGCAAGAACGGAAGCCAGAGAUUUUGCCUUUAUUUCAAGAAGCUGAAGAUAAAAACAAACUUUUAAGAACUGUGGCAGGUGGAGGGUUAGAAAUAAUUAGUAAUCUGAAAGCCAAGUGGGAUAAAUUUGAAUUAAUGAUGGAAAGUCAUCAGCUUAUGAUUAAAGACCAGAUUGAAGUAAUGAAAGGAAAUGUGAAAUCACGUCUUCAGAUGUAUUAUCAAGAACUGGAAAAAUUUAAAGCUCGUUGGGACCAACUGAAACCUGGUGAUGAUAUUAUUGAAACUAGCCAGCAUAAUUCUCUUGAAAAAAAUGCAAAGUUAAUAAAAGAGAAAAAAAUUGAAUUUGAUGAUCUUGAAGUCCUAAGAAAAAAGCUAGUUGAUGAUUGUCAUCAUUUUGGACUAGAGGAACCUAACUUCUCUCUAGCAUCUACCAUCUCUAAAGACAUUGAGAAAUGUGCACAAAUUUGGGCGCUUUAUGAAGAGUUUCAACAAGGAUUUCAGGAAAUGGCCAAUGAAGAUUGGAUUACUUUUCGGACUAAGACUUAUCUAUUUGAGGAGUUUUUGAUGAAUUGGCAUGAAAAAUUAAGGAAGAUUGAAGAGCAUUCAGUUAUGACAGUGAAAUUGCAAUCAGAAGUUGACAAAUAUAAAAUUGUAAUUCCCAUCUUGAAAUACGUGAGAGGGGAGCAUCUUUCUCCAGAUCACUGGCUUGACCUUUUUCGCCUGCUUGGACUUCCUAGAGGGACUAGUCUAGAGAAAUUACUGUUUGGUGAUUUGCUCAGAGUAGCAGAUACCAUUGUAGUCAAAGCUUCAGACCUUAAAGAUUUAAAUUGUCGAGCACAAGGUGAAGUUACAAUCAGAGAAGCUUUGCGUGAACUUGAUCUUUGGGGAGUUGGAGCAGUGUUUACAUUGAUUGACUAUGAAGACAGCCAAAGUCGAAGUAUCAAGCUGAUUAAAGACUGGAAAGAUAUAGUAAACCAGGUUGGGGAUAACAGAUGCCUUCUUCAAUCGUUAAAGGACUCUCCAUAUUAUAAAGGAUUUGAAGAUAAAGUGUCAAUUUGGGAAAGAAAACUUGCAGAGUUAGAUGAGUACUUGCAAAAUUUAAAUCAUAUUCAGAGAAAGUGGGUGUAUUUGGAGCCCAUUUUUGGCCGUGGAGCUUUGCCAAAAGAACAGACACGCUUCAGCAGAGUUGAUGAAGAUUUUAGAUCAAUAAUGACUGACAUCAAGAAAGACAAUAGAGUCACAACAUUAACUACUCGUGCAGGAAUCAGAAACUCUCUACUAACAAUACUUGAUCAGCUUCAAAGAUGUCAGAAAUCAUUAAAUGAAUUUUUGGAGGAAAAACGCUCAGCAUUCCCAAGAUUUUAUUUUAUUGGUGAUGAUGAUUUGUUAGAAAUACUGGGCCAGUCUACUAACCCGUCUGUGAUUCAGUCUCAUCUUAAGAAGCUGUUUGCUGGAAUUAACAGUGUGUGCUUUGAUGAGGAGUUAAAACAUAUAACUGCAAUGAAAUCGUUAGAGGGAGAAGUUGUACCUUUAAAAAAUAAAGUCCUUCUAUCAAAUAAUGUAGAGGGUUGGUUGAAUGAUUUGGCCUUGGAAAUGAAGCAAACUUUGAAACAAUUGUUGAAGGAAUGUGUUACUAUUGGGCAGAGUUCACAAGGUGCUGUUGAUCCAUCUCUGUUUCCUUCACAGAUACUAUGCUUGGCAGAGCAGAUUAAGUUCACUGAAGAUGUAGAAAAUGCCAUUAGAGAUCAUAGUCUUCAUCAGAUUGAAACACAGUUGGUGAAUAAAUUGGAACACUACACCAACAUUGAUACAAGUUCUGAGGAUCCUGGAAAUACUGAAGUAGGCAUUCUGGAACUUAAACUUAAAGCACUAAUUCUUGACAUUAUUCAUAAUAUUGAUGUGGUGAAGCAGUUAAACCACGUUCAAGUUCAUACAACUGACGACUGGACUUGGAAAAAGCAAGUUAGAUUUUAUAUGAAAAAUGAUCACACAUGUUAUGUUCAAAUGGUGGAUUCUGAACUUCAGUACACCUAUGAAUAUCAGGGUAAUGCUCCUAAGCUGGUCUAUACUCCACUGACGGAUAAGUGCUACCUGACGCUCACUCAAGCCAUGAAGAUGGGACUUGGAGGCAACCCUUAUGGGCCUGCUGGAACUGGAAAAACCGAAUCAGUGAAGGCAUUAGGUGGACUUCUUGGAAGACAAGUUUUAGUUUUUAAUUGUGAUGAGGGCAUCGAUGUGAAGUCAAUGGGGCGAAUAUUUGUUGGUUUGGUAAAAUGUGGGGCCUGGGGUUGUUUCGAUGAAUUCAACAGACUGGAAGAAUCUGUUCUGUCAGCAGUGUCCAUGCAGAUCCAGACAAUUCAAGAUGCUCUGAAGAAUCACAGAACUGCGUGUGAACUGCUUGGCAAGGAGGUAGCUUUGGAUUCUAAUUCUGGAAUUUUUAUCACGAUGAAUCCUGCUGGAAAAGGUUAUGGAGGAAGACAAAAACUGCCUGAUAAUCUUAAACAGCUUUUCAGGCCAGUAGCUAUGUCUCAUCCAGACAAUGAGCUUAUUGCAGAAGUUAUUCUCUAUUCAGAAGGAUUUAAGGAUGCUAAAGUACUGGGCAGAAAACUGGUAGCUAUUUUCAACCUAUCUAGGGAACUUUUGACACCUCAGCAACAUUAUGAUUGGGGUUUAAGAGCUUUGAAGACAGUUCUGAGAGGAAGUGGAAAUCUUCUUAGACAGCUAAAGAAAAGCGGUGCUGAACAGAAUGCUAAUGAAAGUCGUGUUGUGGUACAAGCAUUGAGACUUAAUACAAUGUCAAAGUUUACAUUCGCUGAUUGCACCCGAUUUGACGCACUGAUUAAAGAUGUCUUUCCUGGAGUUGACUUUAAAGAAGUAGAAUAUGAUGAACUAACUACUGCAUUAAAGCAAGUCUUUGAAGAGGCUAAUUAUGAAAUCAUACCCAAUCAGAUCAAGAAGGCUUUGGAAUUGUAUGAACAGUUGUGCCAGAGAAUGGGAGUCGUUAUCGUUGGUCCAAGUGGCUCUGGCAAAUCAACUCUUUGGAGAAUGUUAAGGGCAUCACUCUGUAAAAUUGGCAGAGUAGUAAAGCAGUAUACUAUGAACCCAAAAGCUAUGCCUAGGCAUCAGCUAUUAGGCCAUAUUGACAUGGAUACAAGAGAAUGGUCUGAUGGUGUUUUGACAAAUAGUGCUCGUCAAGUAGUUCGGGAACCACAAGAUGUCAGCUCAUGGAUAAUUUGUGAUGGUGAUAUUGACCCUGAGUGGAUAGAAUCUCUGAAUUCUGUUCUGGAUGAUAAUCGACUACUCACUAUGCCUAGUGGAGAAAGGAUCCAGUUUGGCCCAAAUGUUAACUUUGUAUUUGAAACUCAUGAUUUAAGCUGUGCCUCACCAGCCACAAUAUCUAGAAUGGGAAUGAUAUUUCUUAGUGAUGAAGAGACAGAUGUUAAUUCUCUUAUAAAGUGUUGGUUGAGGAAUCAGCCUAUUAAAUAUAGAAAUAAUCUUGAAAACUGGAUUGCAGAUUAUUUUGAAAAGGCUUUACAAUGGGUUCUGAAACAGAAUGACUAUGUGGUAGAAACAAGUUUGGUGGGGACUGUAAUGAAUGGCUUGUCCCAUCUACAUGGAUGCAAAGAUCAUGACCAAUUUAUUAUUAAUCUCAUAAGAGGACUUGGUGGAAAUCUGAAUAUGAAAUCACGUAUGGAAUUCACCAAAGAGGUUUUUAACUGGGCGCGAGAAUCUCCUCCAGACCCUCACAAACCAAUGAACACCUACUAUGACUCAGAUAGAGGGCAGCUAGCAUCUUACGUGCUGAAGAAGCCAGAAAACUUGACUGCUGAUGAAUUCAGUAAUGGCCAGGCACUUCCAGUUAUUCAGACUCCUGACAUGCAACGGAGUCUAGAUUAUUUCAAACCUUGGUUAAGUUCUCAUACUCAACAGCCAUUCAUUCUCAUAGGUCCAGAAGGAUGUGGCAAAGGGAUGCUGCUCAGGUAUGCUUUUUCUCAACUGCGGUCCACUCAGAUUGCUACAGUCCACUGUAGUGCUCAAACUACUUCUCAGCAUCUUCUGCAGAAGUUGAGCCAGACGUGCAUGGUAAUCAGUACAAACACAGGACGAGUAUACAGGCCAAAAGACUGUGAAAGACUUGUUUUAUACUUAAAGGAUAUCAACCUACCCAACCUUGAUAAAUGGGGGACAAGUACUUUGGUAGCUUUCCUACAGCAGGUAUUGACUUAUCAAGGAUUUUAUGAUGAAAAUUUGGAAUGGGUUGGUCUAGAAAAUAUUCAAAUUGUAGCUUCUAUGUCAGCUGGAGGAAGAUUGGGAAGACACAAGCUUACUACCCGAUUUACUUCCAUUGUUCGACUCUGUGCUGUAGAUUACCCAGAAAGAGAGCAAUUACAAACAAUUUAUGGAGCAUAUUUGGAAGCAGUUCUACAUAAAAAUCUGAAGAAUCAUUCUAUUUGGGGUUCUUCAUCAAAAAUUUAUAUCUUAGCAGGAUCUAUGGUACAAGUGUAUGAACAGGUGCGGGCCAAAUUUACAGUUGAUGAAUAUAGUCAUUAUCUAUUUACUCCUUGCAUUCUUACACAGUGGGUUCUUGGCUUAUUCAGAUAUGAUUUAGAAGGAGGCUCCUCAAAUCACCCAUUAGAUUAUGUGUUAGAAAUUGUUGCAUAUGAAGCACGGCGCUUAUUUCGUGACAAAAUUGUUGGUGCAAAGGAACUUCAUUUGUUUGACAAUAUUUUAGCGUCAGUGUUUCAAGGAGAUUGGGGCUCAGAUGUGUUGGAGAAUAUGGCAGGUAGUUUCUAUGUUACCUGGGGAGCUCGACAUAAUGCAGGUACAAGACCAGGCCCAGGGCAGCCAUUGGCUCCACACGGAAAACCGCUUGGAAAGCUGAGCUCUGCAGAUCUCAAGGAUGUCAUUAAAAAGGGUCUUAUUCAUUAUGGACGAGAUAACCGGAAUCUAGAUAUUUUACUUUUCCAAGAAGUUCUGGAGUAUAUGUCUAGGAUAGACAGAGUCCUUAGCUUCCCUGGAGGUUCACUUCUUUUAGCAGGGCGCAGUGGUGUAGGUCGUCGGACCAUAACUUCUCUAGUCAGCCAUAUGCAUGGAGCAAUCCUGUUUUCUCCAAAGAUUUCCAGGGGAUAUGAACUGAAGCAGUUCAAAAAUGAUCUCAAACACGUGCUUCAUCUUGCAGGAAUUGAAGCACAGCAGGUGGUUUUACUUCUGGAGGAUUACCAGUUUAUACACCCUACGUUUCUGGAGAUGAUCAAUAGCCUUUUGUCUUCAGGUGAAGUCCCUGGUCUCUAUGCCCUGGAAGAACUAGAGCCCUUGCUGUUGCCUCUUAAAGAUCAAGCUUCACAGGAUGGUUUUUUUGGGCCAGUCUUCAAUUAUUUCACAUAUAGAAUUCAGCAAAACCUUCAUAUUGUUUUAAUAAUGGAUUCUUCAAAUUUAAACUUCAUAAUAAACUGUGAAAGUAAUCCAGCUUUACAUAAGAAAUGCCAGGUGCUGUGGAUGGAAGGCUGGUCAGAUAGCAGUAUGAAGAAAAUACCUGAAAUGUUAUUUGGUGAAACAGAUGGUGAAGACAAAUAUACUGAUAAAAGGAGAAAAGAAGAAAAGAAAAAUAAUUCAGUUGAUCCUGACUUCCUGAAAUCAUUUUUAUUAAUCCAUGAGUCUUGUAAAGCAUAUGGUGCUACACCAAGCCGAUAUAUGACCUUUUUACAGGUGUAUUCUUCAAUUAGUAGCAGCAAGAAAAAUGAAUUAUUAAAAAGACAAAGUCAUUUGCAGGCUGGUGUAUCUAAACUAAAUGAAGCUAAAGCUCUUGUGGAUGAACUGAACAGAAGAGCUGGAGAGCAAAGUGUGUUACUUAAAACUAAGCAAGACGAAGCAGAUGCUGCCCUUCAAGAGAUCACAGUAUCAAUGCAGGAUGCGAGUGAGCAAAAGACAGAACUUGAGAGACUGAAGCAUAAAAUAGCAGAAGAAGUUGACAAAAUUGAAGAAAGAAAAAGCAAAAUUGAUGAUGAGUUGAAAGAAGUACAGCCUUUAGUUAAUGAAGCUAAACUUGCUGUUGGAAACAUUAAGCCAGAGUCUCUUUCAGAAAUUCGCUCACUGCGUAUGCCACCCGAUAUAAUCCGAGACAUUCUGGAAGGAGUUUUACGGUUGAUGGGCAUUUUUGAUACUUCUUGGGUGAGCAUGAAAAGUUUCCUUGCUAAAAGAGGUGUGAGGGAAGACAUUGCAACUUUUGAUGCACGAAAUAUUCCAAAGGAAAUAAGAGAGAGUGUUGAAGAACUUCUUUUUAGAAAUAAAGGCUCUUUUGAUCCAAAGAAUGCCAAGCGUGCCAGUACUGCAGCUGCACCUUUGGCUGCCUGGGUUAAAGCCAAUGUACAGUAUUCCCAUGUCUUGGAACGAAUUCAGCCUUUGGAAACUGAACAGGCAGGAUUAGUAUCGAAUUUGAAGAGAACUGAAGACAGAAAAAGGAAACUUGAAGAGCUUCUUAAUUCUGUUGGUCAAAAGGUUUCUGAACUAAAAGAAAAAUUUCAGAGCAGGACUUCAGAAGCUGCCAAACUUGAAGCUGAAGUCAGCAAAGCACAGGAAACAAUCAAAGCAGCAGAAGUCUUAAUUAAUCAGCUUGAUCGAGAACACAGGAGAUGGAAUGCACAGGUUGCAGAGAUAGCAGAAGAGUUAGCUACUCUUCCUAAAAGAGCUCAACUAGCUGCUGCAUUUGUUACAUAUCUUUCUGCUGCUCCUGAGUGCCUGAGGAAAACCUGUUUGGAAGAAUGGACCAAGUCAGCUGGUCUUGGAAAAUUUGAUCUGAGGAGAUUUCUUUGUACUGAAAGUGAGCAGUUAAUUUGGAAAAGUGAAGGCCUUCCAUCAGAUGACCUCUCCAUAGAAAACGCUCUUGUUAUAUUACAGAUCAUUGCUUUGCAAUCAUGGAGUCGAGUGUGCCCGUUUCUUAUAGAUCCUUCUUCCCAAGCUACGGAAUGGCUAAAGACACAUUUGAAAGACUCACGUUUGGAAGUUAUUAAUCAACAAGAUAGUAACUUUAUGACAGCUCUUGAGUUGGCAGUACGUUUUGGGAAAACCCUUAUUAUACAAGAAAUGGAUGGUGUAGAGCCUGUACUUUACCCACUGUUGAGGAGAGAUCUAGUUGCUCAAGGGCCACGUUAUGUGGUACAAAUAGGUGACAAAAUUAUUGAUUACAAUGAAGAAUUCCGUCUUUUCUUAACAACAAGAAAUCCAAAUCCAUUUAUUCCACCAGAUGCAGCGUCCAUUGUUACUGAGGUUAAUUUUACUACAACAAGAAGUGGAUUGCGAGGCCAGCUUUUGGCUUUAACCAUUCAGCAUGAGAAACCUGAUUUAGAGGAACAGAAAACAAAAUUAUUACAACAGGAAGAAGAUAAGAAAAUACAAUUAGCAAAGCUUGAAGAAUCUCUUUUAGAGACACUUGCCACAUCUCAAGGCAAUAUUUUGGAGAAUAAAGAUUUGAUUGACUCUCUGAAUCAGACCAAAGCAAGUAGUGCACUUAUUCAAGACUCACUUAGAGAAUCCUACAAACUCCAGAUUUCCCUUGAUCAGCAGCGGGAUGCCUAUCUCCCUCUGGCAGAGAGUGCCAGCAAGAUGUACUUCAUUAUCUCUGACCUGUCCAAAAUUAAUAACAUGUACCGCUUUAGUUUGGCUGCCUUUCUCCGGCUUUUCCAACGAGCUCUGCAAAGCAAACAGGAUGCUGAAAGUACUGAGCAGAGAAUCCAGUCUCUUAUCAGCUCAUUAAAACACAUGGUAUAUGAAUAUAUAUGCCGUUGUUUAUUUAAGGCUGACCAGUUGAUGUUUGCUUUGCAUUUUGUUCGAGGCAUGCAUCCUGAACUUUUUCAAGAAAAUGAGUGGGAUACAUUUACAGGUGUGGUUGUUGGAGAUAUGUUGCGGAAAGCUGAUUCUCAACAGAGAAUACGUGAUCAAAUUCCAUCUUGGAUAGAUCAGGAAAGAAGCUGGGCAGUGGCAACAUUAAAGAUUGCUCUCCCAAGUGUUUAUCAGACCCUUUGUUUUGAAGAUGUAGCCCUGUGGCGUGCUUACUAUCAUAGUUCAAUAUGUGAACAAGAGUUUCCAUCCAUUCUUGCAAAGAAAGUUUCCUUAUUUCAGCAGGUUCUUGUAGUACAGGCUCUAAGACCAGACAGAUUGCAAAGUGCCAUGGCUCUGUUUGCAUGUAAAACUUUAGGACUGAAAGAAUUAUCACCACUUCCACUAAAUCUCAAACGUUUGUACAAAGAGACACUGGAAAUUGAACCCAUUUUGAUAAUUAUUUCUCCGGGUGCUGACCCUUCUCAGGAACUCCAGGAACUUGCUAAUGCUGAAAGAAGUGGGGAGUGUUAUCACCAGGUUGCCAUGGGUCAAGGUCAAGCUGAUUUAGCAAUCCAAAUGUUGAAAGAAUGUGCCAACAAUGGAGACUGGCUCUGUUUGAAAAACUUACAUCUUGUGGUAUCUUGGCUGCCGGUUCUGGAAAAGGAAUUGAAUACUCUUCAGCCUAAAGCUACUUUUCGUCUUUGGCUCACUGCAGAAGUUCAUCCGAACUUUACCCCUAUCUUACUACAGUCAAGUUUGAAGAUAACAUAUGAGUCACCUCCAGGUUUGAAGAAGAAUUUAAUGCGAACUUACGAGUCUUGGACUGCUGAGCAAAUUAACAAAAAAGAUAAUAUACAGCGGGCUCAUGCUCUCUUUAGUUUUGCAUGGUUUCAUGCUGCAUGUCAAGAAAGAAGAAAUUAUAUUCCACAGGGCUGGACCAAGUUUUAUGAGUUUUCUUUGUCAGAUCUUCGGGCUGGGUACCACAUUAUCGAUAGACUGUUUGAUGGUUCCAAAGAUAUACAAUGGGAAUUCGUACAUGGCUUACUUGAAAAUGCUAUUUAUGGAGGACGUAUAGAUAACUACUUUGACCUUAGAGUUCUUCAGUCCUAUUUGAAGCAGUUUUUUAACUCUUCAGUAAUUGAUGUACUAAACCAAAGGCACAAGAAAAACAUUUUUCCAUAUUCUGUGUCGCUACCAAAAUCUUGCAGCAUUUUGGACUAUCGUGCUGUCAUUGAAAAACUGCCAGAGGAUGACAAACCUGGUUUCUUUGGUCUACCUGCCAAUAUCGCCCGUUCAUCUCAGCGCAUGAUCAGUUCUCAGGUUAUUUCACAGUUGAAGAUCUUGGGCAGAUCGGUAACAGCUGGUUCCAAGUUUGAUCGAGAAAUUUGGUCUAAUGAACUUUCUCCUGUCCUCAGUCUCUGGAAGAAACUAAACCAGAAUUCAAACCUGAUUCAUCAGAAAGUGUUUCCUCCUAAUGAUCGACAAGGAUCUCCAAUAUUAUCAUUCAUCAUGCUAGAGCAAUUUAAUGCCAUUCGUUUAGUACAAAGUGUUCAUCAGUCUCUUGCUGCUCUUAGCAAAGUUAUCAGAGGAACUACCUUACUGAGCGCAGAAGUGCAAAAAUUGGCAAGUGCUUUAUUAAACCAAAAGUGUCCUCUCACAUGGCAGAACAAGUGGGAAGGCCCAGAAGAUCCCUUACAAUACCUUAGAGGCCUGGUUACUCGUACCCUUGCUCUACAGAACUGGGUAGAUAAAGCUGAAAGUCAGACCCUUUUUUCUGAUACGCUGGACCUAUCAGAACUCUUCCAUCCAGACACAUUUCUUAAUGCUCUUCGCCAGGAAACUGCAAGGGCAAUGGGUCAUUCUGUGGAUAGCCUUAAAUUUGUAGCCUCAUGGAAAGGUCGGCUUCAAGAAGCAAAGCUGCAGAUUAAGAUCAGUGGUUUAUUACUAGAAGGAUGCAGUUUUGAUGGUAAUCGACUUUCUGAAAAUCAUGAUGAUUCUCCUAGUGUGUCAUCAGUUCUCCCUUGUUUUAUGGGCUGGAUUCCACAGGGUGCAUAUGGCCCAUAUUCCCCUGAUGAAUGCAUCUCUCUGCCAAUUUACACAAGUGCUGAAAGGGAUCGUGUGGUAACCAAUAUUGAUGUUCCAUGCGGCGGCAGCCAAGACCAGUGGAUUCAGUGUGGAGCAGCUCUAUUUCUAAAAAAUCAGUAGACAACAAAAUGUGUCUUCGCAAAAAGAAAGAAUUGUUUAAGCUUUAAAGAAAAUACAUAGCCAGAUGACAUCUAAAAUGCUGGCUCAGAAUAUUAAUGUAUAAGCCACUCUAUGCUGUUGAUCACCUGGGGUUUCUAUAAUGUGUAACAGCAGCAUUGUGCACCUUCUUCCACAGCAGUAACUUACUGCAGUGAAUGUGAAAAUUGAUACACUUUUAAUAACAGUAAGUAGUUCUGUGAGAAAGUUUGCUUUUCCAAUGGUCCAAACUUUUAAGACAUUUGAAGUGCUGUAUUUAAGGAGUAUUUUAAAUACUAUUUUUGUAUCAUAAUUGUUCCAGAUACAAGGCUAAAAAUCUUUUAAUUUUCCAAGGUUUUAAAUGCAUACAUAUUCUAAAAACAUUAAAGAAUGUAUAUUUUAAAGUUAUAAAAAAGUGUAUUUUCUGUCUCAUCAAUUAAUAACAUAGAAAAGAUUCUGUUUCCUAAGAAAAUCAACAGAGCAGAAAGGUGAUAAGUAUGGAUGAAAUGUUAACAAGAAGAGGAGGAGAGGGCAUUUCCAGCUGUUGGAACAACAUGAAGACUCUAGAGGAAGUGAAAAGUUAUCAUAGAAAUUUUAAGAAAUUAAUUAGAAUAGAAAGAUAUAGAGGGUGGGAUAUGGUAGAAAAUUAGUCUGAAAGGUAAAUUGAAUUGUUCAUUAGCACUCAGAAUACUACAGAAGAGUUUAGACUUUUACACGAACAAUUAGAAAACAUGAAAAGAUCCAAAAAAGUUAAUUUAUGUAUUAAAUGUAUUAUGUAGAUUUAAAGUCUUAUUUAAAACUUUACACCUGAGAGUUUAUAAAAUUCUUUAUAGCUUCUCUAAAUUUUCUAAACUCGAGGUAGAAGUUCUCACUUCAUAGAUAAAGAUUGAGGCCUAGAGAGUACAUGACUUGCCCGAGAUUGUCUAAAGAUUUUUGCAUUUUGUGUUUCUUUGUAGUUAAGUUAAUCUUAAAAAGCAGGAAUAGACACUUCCCCGCAAAAAUUGAGUAUGAUAACAGUAGAGGGCAGCUUUUUGCUCAUUUAAUAGUCCAGAUGACACGUUCAGUUUGAAGAGUAGUUUCCCUUCCACGUAGUCACAGGAAUGGAGACUGAUGUCAGUCCUCUCAUUUUAGCACAUGGCUUUCCAGGCCUGGUACUGAAAUUCCAUGUGUAUUCCUCUAUUCUUUUUUCCUUUUACAGCUGACUGGAAAGUUUUGGUGGCAUGUCUGGAAAUAUCAGACAUUUUUCUGCUCACAUUUCAUUGCAACCUAAUCAUAUAGCUAUACCUAACUCCUAGGGCGGCUGGGAAGUACAGACAGCUGAGUGAGUGUUCUAAUUGCUCUGCUGUAACCCUUCCUAUUUAAGAAUUUGAACCCAUUACUAAAGUAUAUUCAGUAUAACUAUACAGAGUUACAUUAAAAAGUUAGGCAUAGAUUUUUGCCUCAUUCUAAACCUUAAGAAUUUUAUAAGUCCUCCUUUAUCGAUUACAGAUAUUUUCCAAGAUGCCCAGUGAAUAUUUGAAAUUGCUCUUAAUAUUGAACUGUAUGUUUUAUCCUGUGACUUUAUCUUAUAAUUCGCCAAAGGAAUGUGGAGACCAAUAGAAGAAAUCUAAGAUGAUAAAUUUCAGUACAGUCACUUGGGACAUCGUCUAUAUUGCUUCAUUUGUUCAUUUCAAUUUUGUCAAUAUAAAAUGUGAAUGAUUUGUCAUUUCCCAGCUGUCUUAGGAAAGGAUGAGCACAUAGGAGUUAUGUCUGUCAGACAAAGAGCAUGCAGAGUACAGAUAAAAAAUAAAGUACUGCAAUAUGAAGUAUAUUGAACACAAAAUCAUCUUACCACUUGUUGUGACUCUCAUACGUUAUACAUUUUGAGGGAAGCACACUUUUCACGUUUUUCCUUAUGAUACUUGUUUAUGUUAGAAUUUAAUGCACAUUCGUUGAAUCAAUGACUAAAAAUUGUGAUAAUCAGCUUUGUUUCUAAAUAAUUUUGGAUUGUUCCCUGAGUCAAACUCAACAAAUGAUUACAGUAAAUCCUUGUUUCACAAACACUUCUGUUCACAAACAAUCCAGUUCUCAAAAACAGAAGAAAUUUUGCUUCCUUUCAGAAACUCCAGGUAACAAACACAGCUGUGGCAUCUUCCCUAAAUAAACACAAAUGCUAUGCUCGUCCCCAAAAUCAGAAAACAAAAUUUUUGAACUGAGGUAACACUGUAUGUUUUUUCAUUGAAUUUAGUGGAGGGAGACUGAUUAGAGGUUAAGGAAAAGUGAAGGAACAGUUUCCCCAAAUAGCUGGGCAAAGAUAUCAUAAUUGGAUUGUGUCGCUAUGUGAUUGUUUUAAAAAACAGCUUUGUAUAGUCCUUGAACCUAAAGCUUUUGAAACUGAAAAGGACUUUAAGAACUGUCUGGCUGUGUGUUUGUUUCACCUUGCAGUCAUGCCCUUAACCCUAUCUUCCUUGUGAACUUGAGCUUUUCUAACAUUUCUGACAAGAAAAACCUGAGUAGUCGAGGAACCUAUGAUACAAGAAGUAGAAAUACACCUUCUGGGGUCCAAACUCUCAAACGGUUGAUCCUCAGUACAUCUGAAACUCUUGCAGACAUUAAGAUUGCAGAAUUCUCACUGAAAAAUAAAUGUAUUCUAAUAGUUACAUUAUUGGUAGGACAGAAAAAGAUAAAGCUUGUCUGGAUGUUGGGAGGAGUGACCUGAUUCAGAAUUCCUGUCUUCACCUUCAGUGGUACUUUCCAUUCAUGUAGAUAUUGUCCUCCGCUUUGGUUUAGAAAGACAGAGAGUAAAACAAGUAUCAACUAAAAUAAUACGCUACAGCAACUGAUUAAUGAUGCAUAAAUUUGUCCUCUUUCUCCAUUUCAAAGAAACUAAGGCAAUAAAAAUUCAUUAAAAAGCAGAGGCAAGAAGGUAGUGUAUAAUAAGAUUCAACACACCAGAGAAAUGUCCUUCAAUUUACCUUAUUUUUUAGAAGUAGAUUACCUAAAAGUUAAAGACAAAAGUUUUUGUUUUAUUGGAAAAAUCACAGGACAGUGAAAAUACCAACAUAUUCCUAUAUAUAGAAAAAGAAUGGAAUCAAAUUAGUCUAACACAGAAUUUGAUUAUUUAUUAAACUCAGUGACACCUUUGUGUUUUAGAAAUGUAGCUUAAUUUCUAUUUUAAAUAAGUCAUUAAAAUUGGAAAUUAUUAGAACAUAGCUAGUUCUGAUAGUAAUGGUUGUAUUCUUAACAAUUAUGUGGCUAAAAAAAAUAAGAUAAUUUUAAAGUGACUGCCCUGUAUACAAAGUACAUCCUUUUUUUGUUAGAGACUGCUACAGUCCUCUCAAUUCUCUUUUCCCCCACUACUGAAGUAUUACAAUGUUUAAUUUGACCAUUGCAUACUCAGAAGUAUUUCACUCCAUCUCCAUUACAUUCACGUUUGGACAUGUGCCUUCUGGCCAAAAAACAAACAAAAAAUAUGAAUACAAAUAUCCAGCAAUUUUCAGGUCCUUUUUUUGCAGAGUAUGGUCCAUCUACCAUUUUCUUUGGCUCUUCCUUUAUUCUGCAGCUUAGAAUAUGGGCACUACCAUUUUGGACCUAGGUCCUGAGACUGUAUGAAACAGAUGUUUACUGUGAAAUAUUUGAUUUGUGACUUCAUUUGUACAAAAAUAAUUUUGUACCCUUUGAUGGAGUGGCUAAAUGCAGGCAGGCUGAUGCUAUGAACAGACAGGACUGGCUUCCCAAGGCAAGUCUUCCAAAAACGAGAACGAGGCUGCACUGUAAGCUGAAAUUGGGUAGGCAUGUCCAACUCAAUUACAACCUCUUACUGCUGCAGGUCUCUUGGUGGAGGAGGCGAUAAGCACAAAACUUUCUAUCAGCACUAUGUGUGUUGUGGAAGCAUUAACAUAUCUCUCUUCCCCAAACUCUUGCAACUUGUUGACAGUCAUGGGAGGGAUACAAGUGUGUAAAGAAACAUCACCAGUAGAUCCUUUAGUCCUCAGAAAGCUUUGGAGGUGGUGCCAAAAAUGAUUCUGCUCUUGGUUACUUGGUGAAGUUUUCAAGAAGGAUCUCUGAUUAAUUUUUUUCAAUGUGAUGUUUAUGGACAACUUUCCCUGAAAUAGAUAGGGAUCAUAUAUAAUUUAAAAGAUAGUACAAAAUAUGUUCUUCAGCCAUGGUGAUCAAUAACAUCAUAUCAACCCUGGAAAGCAUUCAAGUCAACUUCUUCUACUCACUGUCCAUAAUUAUAGGGAUAAUUCUGUCUCUGGGCAAAUACAAGUUAUAUUUGGUUCUGUGUUGGUUUGGUUUGUUUUUUUUGGUACUGGGAAUUGAACUCACUUGCCAGGUAGGCACUAUGCCACUGAGCUAUAAUCCUGGUUCUGUUUGGUCUUAAUAUGAUAAUUUUAAAAAUGUGUAUAGGGAGCCUGGACCUCCACCUCAGAGGGUGGCCACUUCAAUGCCUGCCCUCCAACCCUCGGGGACAUCCGCACCUCCUGUCCUAGUAUUGCUGUUGAUCUUUAGCUGCCUCUCCUCCCAGAACCUUGGACUGCAGGCAUUAACUGUACUGCAUUGAUGGGAGCUCAGCAACCAGAGGACCUCAGCAGGCUUCUGUCAGUGUGGUGAGUUUGCCCCUAAAAUAAAGAUCUUCAGUGAAUAAACGAGCAGUAAUGAAGUCCCUUCCAGCUGUUGGAUAUUGGCAAGCCUGGAAAGAGUGUGAGUGAGUUCUCCCUCCAUACAGAGAACAUCAGGUGGGUUGAGGAGUGUGCUGUUAAGACCUCCCUCAACCUGGACAAAAUUAAAGGGGCUUAUGAGACAGUGUCACAGUAGGUCCCAGCCAAGACAAACACUAUAGCUGGGAGAUUUGGUGGCCUGGAACAUGCUGAAGACCGUAACAUCAGAAACUAAGGGCUGACUUACAUCAACACUCCUAGGCUAAUCAGCCUAGGAAGAAGAUAGGACUCACCCAACAGGCCCUUCAGGAGGAAGUCAGGUGACUGGCUCUCCUCUUCAUGGUGGUACUCAGCAAAUGGACAAAUAUCAACCACACAGUGGGAACCUAAGAUACCCACUGUCGACAAUUGAGACAAGUGGGAUUGAAAGACCAAAUAUUAGACCAAAAGGUGAAAAUGACAAAAUGAAAAAAUGCAAUCUCAAACAUCUAAUCAGAAACAAGUACAAGAGACAUUGAUAUAGAGGACACUAAAAUUCAAACACCUGGCUAAAGACGAAAUCAAAUUAGAAAUAGUGUCUCAUGUAAAGACAGAAACAACAACCUUAAUAAAGGAGUUGCUUGACAUUGCUAGAGAAGACAUAGAUAAAAAGUACAGGAGCAUGGUAAAAUGUUUAAAACCUUGAAAACAAGUAGAAUGUAUGAAACAAAUUCAAAGAGAUACCCAAGAAACAAAAAAUUCUGUUGAAAGCUGGCAAAAUUGUUCAAAUGAAGCUGACAAUAGAAUUUCAGACCUUGAGGACAGGAUUACAGUGAUCAUGAAAGGAAAGAACAUUUUAAAAUAACAAGGCAGCAUGAAAUGACAAACAGCUUCGAGAUGAUCCCAAGAGAAACAAUAUAGACUAACAGACAUCAGUGAAGAUGCAGGAGUCAAUGUGAAUGACAUUGGUGACAACUCUUUAUAAGGUAAUAGCAGAAAAUUUCCCGAACAUGGGGAAAGAAUCUGAUACACAGAAAAAUGAGGCUUAUGUAAUGCCAAAUGGCCACAACCAACAAAAAUCUACACCCAGACAAAGAAUAAUUAAGAUCCUAUACAUACAGCAUAAAAACAAUACUAAAAGCCAUUAGAGAAAAGACCCAACUCACCUUUCAAGAAAAGCCCAUUAGAAUCAUGGCAGAUUUUUCAACAUGAACACUCAAGUUAACACAAACUUGGACUGAAGUAUUUUAAGCACUUAAAACAACUUUCUACCCAGAUUGAUGUACCCUGCAUAAUCUUCCAUGACAUUUAAUGGAGAAAUAAGAUAUUUCUGUGACAAAGAACAACUGAAGAAAUUCAUGUCAAAAAAAACAAUCCUAGAAAGAUUAUUAAAAAACAUACUAGAGAGAGAGAGAAAAAUGACUACAAUUCCCAGAACAACAGAAAGAAACAAGACAUGACAAGCAAUUAAACAACAGAGAAAAGCAGAAAACCAACAGCACAAAAAUAACAUGGCAAAGUUGAGCCAGUGUGUAUCAGUUAUAUCCAUCAAUGUAAAUGGCCUCAAUUCACCUAUUCAAAGAAAUAGGUUGGCAGAAUGGAUCAAGAAACAAGAUCUCACAAUAUGCUGUAUACAAGAAACACAUCUGACUCAAAAGGAAGCUCAUAAAUUAAAAAUCAAAGUAUUGAAAAGUUUUCCAUGCAACAGGAACCCAGAAAAAAGCAGGGGUAACUAUUCUAUUUGCAGACAAUGUGAACAUCAAACCAAAAA